GAAUGGAGUUUGAGCUGUUCAGUCGCCUGGUAGCUUAGGUUGAAAUGCAUGACAUUUCUGCUACUCAACAAAUCCGCGAUGUAUUCAUCACUUGCAUUGAUAAGUCAAACCCUGCCGAGGUUCAGACGGCCAUCAACUCGAUGUUUCUUUGGUAUACGAAAGCGGAGAAGUGCUACGUUUAUUUGCGAGAUAUUUCAACUAUAAAGUGGAAAGCAAGCGAUAGAGCCUUGGAACACAUUUGGGAGCCAACGUUUCAGCAGAGCAGAUGGUUCCGGCGAGGCUGGACACUCCAAGAGCUCCUUGCCCCAACCUCAGUUGAGUUCUUCUCUCAAGAGUGGAUGAAGCUUGGCGAUAAACAGUCCUUAGCACAACAAAUUUAUGAAGCCACAGGAAUUCCGAUUACGGCGUUGCAAGGCACACCCAUGUUUGAAUUCAGCGACAAGGAGCGAUUUGCCUGGAUGCAAAGCCGCAAGACGACGGCAGAAGAAGACAAAGCGUACGCACUACCUGGAAUUUUUAAUGUUAAAAUGCCGCUUUGCUACAAAGAAGGAUAUGCGUGUGCCUUCAAACGACUCCAAGAAGAGAUCAGCAAGCUAAACUUAUGCCUCCAAGCUUUACGCUUAACUAGUCCUUGUAGUGAUAAGAAGCGCAUCGAGGACACCAAAGGUGGCCUACUGUUAGACUCGUACUGCUGGAUUCUUGAGAAUCCCGACUUCCAAAUAUGGAGCAAAAGCCAACAAAACCAACUAUUGUGGAUCAAGGGUGAUCCCGGAAAAGGCAAAACUAUGCUGCUCUGCGGAAUCAUUAACGAGCUGAGCAAGUCGGUGGCUAAGACAGCUCUUCUGUCGUACUUCUUCUGCCAGGCUACAGACUCGCGCAUCAACCACGCUACAGCCGUGCUACGAGGCCUAAUAUAUCUGCUUGUCUAUCAGCAGCCAUCACUUGUCGUACAUGUAUGGAAGAAGUAUGCCCACGCGGGGAACAAGCUCUUCGAAGACGCCAACGCCUGGUUUGCCUUGUCUAAGAUCUUUACAGACAUUGUGCAAGACCUGAGCUUGAAGAGCAUAUAUCUUAUUAUUAAUGCCCUUGAUGAAUGUUUGACGGACUUGCCGAAACUGCUAGAUUUCAUUUGGAUCAUGUCUAGCCGUAACUGGCCCAAUAUCGAGGAGUGUCUCGAGAGAGCGGGGGACAAGGUUAGGCUCAGCCUUGAGCUGAAUGCAGACUCCGUAUCUGCCACUCUGGUGAAAGAUAAGAAUUAUGACGAUAAGACGAAACAUGCUGUGCUAGAGUAUCUGCAGACUAACGCUAACAACACCUUCCUCUGGGCGGCCUUACUAAAGACGUUUCCUCCUGGGCUUAACUCUCUCUACAACAGGAUGAUACAACGCAUUAACAGCUUAGAUAAUGCUGGCCUUUGUAGGCGCGUACUCGCCACGGUUGCUAUUGUAUACUGGCCUAUCACGCUAAAAGAGCUUACCACGCUUGUAGAGGAGCUUGACGGCAUGGCGGAAGAUUUGGACGCAUCCGCAAAAGACUUCCUACUUAAAGAAGCUAUUCAUGCAAUAUUCCUGUCUGGAAGCGAAAUCUUUUACUACGCGAUUUUCUCUACAUCGUUACAAGCUAUUUCUGAUACGCUACGAAGAGACAUAUACGAGUUGGGCGCGUUGGGAUACUCUAUUGCACAGGUGCAACAGCCGAAGCCUGAUCCACUAGCAGCGUCGCGUUACUCGUGCAUCUACUGGAUCGAUCACCUCUUCGACUGGAAUCCUAGCCCUUCUGCAGAGGACCAUGUCGAUUUGCAGGGUGGAGGUGCUCUGGAGGCUCUUAGCCUUUGCAAGAGCAUGUUGAAAGGAGUUGUGUCAAUAGCGAAACUUGAGGUCGUUAUGCAGGUACUUUACAAGCUUAGAAGAACAAAUACAUAUGCAUCAAAUAAACUAGUAAGAAAUGCGCACCGGUUUAUCCUGUCCCACAAGCGGGCAAUAGAGAAGAGCCCUCUCCAGGCAUAUGCCUCGGCCCUCUUGUUUAGCCCAUCUCAAAGUCUAAUAAGAGGUCUUUUCAAGAGAGAAGAGCCAAACUGGAUCACAAUAGAGCCGACUUUGGAAGAGAAAUGGAGUGCUUGCCUCCAGACGCUCGAGGGCCAUAGCGAACACGUCUCGUUAGUCGCCUUCUCAUCUGACUCUACACGGCUGGCGUCAGGGUCAUACGACAAGACGGUGAAGAUCUGGGAUGCGAGCAGCGGCCAGUGCCUCCAGACGCUUGAGGGCCAUAGCAGACUCGUCUCGUCAGUCGCCUUCUCAUCCGACUCUGCACGGCUGGCGUCAAGGUCAUGGGACAUAGACUAUCGGGGCCUAGACUUGAGUUUGGAUAGUAGGUGGAUAAAAUACAAUUCAGAGAAUAUCUUAUGGCUACCAUCAGAAUAUCGGCCGUCAUGUGUCGUAGUAUCUAAGAAUAUGAUUGGUAUUGGUACUGGCGGUGGGAGGGUAUGGAUAUGUAAUGUUGAGCGUCACAAGCUUAAUCAUACCCUAGAUCACCUAACCAAGGUGUCUAAGGUUAUUUGCCAUUUGAGGUGGACGAACACCUUGAUCACACUAGCAGAGUGGAUGGUCGAGCUGGUAGUGAAGCUGCUGCUCGACAAGGGCGCUAACGUUAACGCGCAGGGUGGAAGCUUCGGGAAUGCACUCUACGCGGCUUCAGCUGGAAACUACGAGCAGGUAGUGGCUUCGAAGAAUAGCUAUGAACCACUGCUCAACAAGGUUAUCGAUAUCAGAGCACAAGAUGGAUAUUACGCGCACCCACUCUACGCGGCUUCGUACAAUGCCUAUGGGCCGGUAGUGAAGCUGCUGCUUGAGAAGGGCGCUGACGUCAACACGCGAGGUGGAGACUUUGGGAAUACACUUCACGCGGCUUCCGCUGGAGGUUAUGAACUGCUUGCAAAGAUGCUGCUCGACAACAGCGCCGACGUCAACGUGCAAGGUGGAUACUAUGGUACUGCACUACAGACGGCUUCAUACAGCGGCUACGAGCUAGUAGUGAGGCUGCUUCUUGACAGGGGCGCCGAUAUCAAUACAAAAAUGAAGCUGUUGCUUGAGAAGGAUGCCGACGUCAACGCGCAGGGUGGAGACUUUGGGAAUUCACUUCAGGCGGCUUCAGCUGGAGGCUACGAGCUGGUUGUAAAGCUGCUGCUCGACAAGGGCGCUAAAGUCAACGCGCAAGGUGGAUACUAUGAUAAUGCAUUCCAGGCGGCUUCAUACAAAUGCCAUGAGCCGGUUGGACUACAGGAGCCCACUCCAAAGGCAACGGGCAACGGAUUUGAAAGCCGGGAGAGAGAUCCCCAUCGCACACUGGGCACAAACGAAUGGGAGCUACUACUAUAUACGUCUGCUUAUUACUAUGCUGAAAUCUACCUAACCAAAUUUGCGCGGCGCAAACUCCCUGUUAACCGCCCUCAUCCAACCAUACAACAACCACUUUGCAAAUACUUUCAAGGAUAUCCAACUCUCAUUCCGGUACUGUUACAUUUUGAGCUGGUUCUGAGUGGGUCUUUAUGGCACUCUGCCUUUCUCCUAUUUGUUCUCGAGAGAUCGACUGUUUUCAGUUCCGACCGUGCCUAUAAUCGGGCUGAGGAAUAUAAUGAAGACGGUUCAUUUACAAUUGAGAUCUUUUCCUUGUUGGAUUACAAAGAGGGUCUAGCGAUACGAUUCUGUGGUGAUGCAGUCGCAACUGUUAUGUGUACGGGUUUUAUACAUAACUUCGUAGACUCUUGCUUUCAAGACAGGCGAUUUUCUGCGAUUCUCCCAGACGGAAUCCUUCUCUCCAAACCGCCUGAGCUUUCCGCAAAUCGUCUAACCUCUCUACAAUACCGUUUCUCUUCAACAUAA